CGUUCACACGGUCCUAUUUUCCGCUCUCGCUGUGGACGUACUGCUCUUAGUAUUUAUUCAGAGGAAAAGGCAGUGAAACGUACUGACACCUGCGAGGGUUAACAGCAAAAUAGCUGGCGUAGAUGAAGGCGAUUUGUUAUCUGAAGAUGCGUUCUUAGUACAGAGAGAACUGGAGGGACAAUUGAAAGGCAUCGCAUCGGAUAACUGAACGUGAUGUCGUCGGAAAAACACAGUCUGGAGGAAGCUGCAGGGAGACAGGCCAUGUCCCAGCAGAUGACCCAAAUGUCUCCCCCGCCCUACCUGCCCUCCCAGGACCCCAACAUGCCUCCACAUGCCCCAUCCGCCACCUGUGGGCCCCAGCCAAACUACCCACCUCCACCUCCACCCCCUGGCUCAGACGGGUACCUGCAGGAGACCCAGUUCCACUGUGGAACCCUGGGGCCACAGGGGGCUCCUAACGGCUACACGAUCCAGACACAUGGGCCUGGUGGCGCAGCUCCCCAUCCGCCUGUGGGCUACCUGCACCCUGGGUACCCUCUGCAGCUGCAGCCCUGCACUGCUUAUGUUCCAGUCUACCCUAUUGGAACUGGGGGCCAGCCUUACCUGCCGAAUGGCACACCCCAUCCAGGUGUGGCCCCGGGACAAAUGGCCAUGCAGAUGCCCCCUGGCAUCACGCUGAUGGAGCCCCGCCGGCCCCCUCAUGACUACCUACCCAUCGCCGUUCUUACCACGGUGUGCUGCUUCUGGCCCACAGGCAUCAUCGCCAUCAUCAAAGCAGUACAGGUGCGUACGGCUGUUGCCCGGGGCGACAUGGUGUCGGCAGAGAUAGCGUCACGCGAGGCACGUAACUUCUCCUUCAUCAGUCUGGCAGUGGGCAUUGCCUCCAUCGUCCUCUGCACCAUCCUCACGGUGGUCGUCAUCAUUGCCUCCCAGCACCACGACGAUGACUGGGAACCUUAGAGUCACCUGCAGGGGGUGCCGUUCCUCCCGACAAACCUGCCUGCACCAGGACUCUCAGCUAUAGCUGCACGUGGUACAGCCAGUAUUUAUGUGCACAGCGUUCUGACACUCUGUACUGAUCCUCUGACCCUCAUUGUCACACCACACCCCCAUGACACACACAGAUUUAACUCCAGGGCUGAGCUGUAUAUAAAAAUCACAUUACUGAUUGUACAUGUGUGUAUGCAUAUAGUAAGAAAACACAUGCACACACACAUACAUGCACAGAUACACACACACACGCGCACAUACACACACAUGUACAAUUCUUUUUUUCUUGAAGAAAAUGUGGUUCAUGCUUAGCCAAACACAUUAGUGACCUACAAAUUCCAAACAAUGGUACUGUUGUUAUAGUCCUUACAGAUCUGAUGACAGUGAAAUAUCUGCAGAAGCAUCACAUGUGUAGGAUGUAAUUAGCUCUUGUUGUAUAUUCAUUAUGCACUCUACACAUAACUUUCCUUUGUCAAUAUUCCAUCUAUGACUGUCAUUCAUCUAAUUAGGUUCAGGGAGGCUGUACAAUAUACAUUUUCAAUUUGCUACCAGGUUAAAUGGCCAAAUAUUAACACUGAAGGGGUGAUUAAAGAAAUUGAUCUUUGAUAGUUCCCUUCUAGUGUUAAAUUUUUUUAAUAGUAAUAGAUAUAUCAGUAAAAGGUGAUAGGAUUUGCCAGCUUUGGCAAUAUACCAAAUUCUCAGAUUUGCCAAAUAGCAGAUGUUGUUUGAUCAUGUCAUUCCCUUGUUCACUGAAGCUGUUCAGAGAAGAAUUUUAUCACUAGCACACAUCUUUUUAAAAAGCAACUUAAAUGUUAGUGUAAACUGGUCCAAAGUAUUCAAUCUUGUUUGGGGUUUUUUUGACACAGUAUGUUUUUCCUUGAAAUAUAAUAUUUCUCUGUGCUGAAAGAGAAAGUACCCAGUGUAAAAAAUUGGAAAUAUACUGGUAGCUAAGAAUGAUUUUUUUUUUAUUAUUUUUUUUUUAUUUUUUUUACAUCAAACUGGGUAUUACAGUCUCUUAGCAGUCUGGUUCAUCCAAUAAGAAGGGUGUGGUAUUAUUGCGUGGCAAACUAUUGUAUUAUACAUUAUUUAUUACUUACUACAAUAUGAUUUGUUUGUGCAUUCAGUUAAUUAUUUAUAUAUAUUUAUUCAUAUAUUUGGCCAUAGCGCUCUUGUUGAACUGAACUAUUUUUAUCAUUUGAUGAAAUAUAGAUUGCUCAAGUAGUAUGGCAUAUUUUUUAACUAAGCAUGUUGUGAUAUGCAACUGUGAGAAAGUAUCUCUUUGGUUAUUGUUUUUUUUAGAUGGUAAACAUAACUUGCUUCAUAUAGCAGAAAUGCUGCUACAUUUUUUUUUUUGCCAGUUAUAGCUUAGAUAACAGACAUUGUAAAACAUAUAAAGAUGUCUUGAAGAGAACUGAAAAAGAUCAGAUGCUCUACCAGGGCCACGUUGCCAAAAAACAGGGAACAUGACAAAUGAUAUUUAUAUGACUCAUUUCACUUGAAUCAAACCAGAAGCUAAAAAUAUCCUGCCUAGCACAGCGGUGCCGUCAGUCUGGUCGGAUGAGGCUGUAGAACUCUCUGGUACCCUGCAAUCUUCCAGUCAGUGAGCACCAUAUGAGGAAGAGCAUAGGGGCAGAAGCAGCUGCAGUACGGCCUCUUCUUACUAAGUGUCAGAUCAGCCAUCGCACCCAUUCUUCACUUCCUUGCUGCCUUAGCUGCUUCCGAAGGCUCCCUUUUGGAGUGUUCCUGAGAGAGUACGCAUGCUCUUAACACAUAGAGUAUUCUACUGCUGUGGUCAGUCAACUCUCACUGAUAAAAAUUCACUCAGCAGCAGGAUGGAUUAUGGUAAUUACGGCAUUGCUGGCGUGAAAGGAUAAACUCUUCGGGCACUGAGUUAUUCUCUUCCAUUUUUAACAGUUCUUACCAUUAGAAAUACAAAUUUGGCCAAUUUCUGAUUACCUACCAUUUUGGUUUCAGUGAUUCGGAUUCUGAAUAGAGGGGGGAAACUGAUUUGAAACGGAAUGUGCUUGUGAAUUUGCUGUAGUCCAGCAAUUCUUUUCCCAGCUGGCUAGUGUGGCAGAGUACACAGCCCACAUUCACAUGCCAACAUUUCCGUAUUUGCUCAGAUUUCGGGUCAGUAAAAACAAGAAAAGCUCUGCCCCACUGGUCUCCUAGUUGUUGAUUUGUCAUUAGCGAUGCACUUAGCAGAUUGCAUUUGGUGGGACUGUGCAUUGCCAGAGUGGUUGGUGGGAUAGUGGUGGGUUAUAUGUCACCGGGAAUGAGUGUCUGAUGGCUGGAGAAGUGUGUGACGCACAGCAGUGUUGUUUCCUACUUUUAAUAGAAUAUUUUCCACCCUCUACAGUAUUAGUAUUAGCAACAACAACAACAACAUUUUUAUCAUUUCAAUUUUCAUAUAUUUAAAAUGAGGUAGUAUAUACAAAUAUAUAU